UUCUCGUUAUCUCUAUUUUCGAAACAAAAUUGAAUUAAUAGAAUAAAUUUAAAUAUAACUUAAGAAUACAUAUUAAGAAUAUUAAAAAAUGAAAAUAUUUAUACAUUAAAUAGAUUGCAGAAACUACGUACAGAGAAAAUUACCACAAAACAGUUUUUUUUUCAAUUUUGUACAGCAAUCAAAGCAACCAUGUGUGUGUUGUGUCUGCGACGUUUGCACGGGAUUGCGUGGAGAUUGGGAUGACACGCACUCAGUAAAAAAUCAACAGGCAAACAUUUCGCCCGGAAGUGCAACCGUACUAUUUUGAUAACGUCCUAGCACAAUGCAACUGAUAAGGCAAACCAUAUGUAGUAUUCGUUCGUCCCGAGCAAUCAGCUGCUCAUUUGUUCGGCGAUCCCAAACUGCGGCAUCAAUUACAACGAUCUUCGAGCAGCGGCAACGAGAGCGCAGCCAGCAUGACAAUAGAAUUACAAAUAUUAAGCUUGUGGCUUCCUUUGCUGGUUUUGUGACGGGACUUGUUUUCGGAGCAACCCAAGAUGGGAAAAGUGAUGAGAGUCGAAUUUUUUCGUUGUUUCCACGAGUGCAAGCGGCCACUGCGUUUGCAAAGGAUCUAAAAGGGCGUCGAGCGAUGUAUAACUUUAUUGCGGACGUAGUGGAUGUGUCAGCACCGGCUGUGGUAUACAUUGAAAUCAAGGACACACGACACUACGAUUUCUUUUCGGGACAGCCGGUGACGGUUUCAAAUGGGUCUGGCUUUAUCGUUGAACAGGAUGGCUUGAUUUUGACAAAUGCGCAUGUGGUGAUAAGUAAACCAAAUGCUUUGGUUACAGUAAAGUUGCUGGAUGGCCGUACCUUUCCCGGAACGGUUGAGGAUGUGGAUCCGAAUUCUGAUUUGGCAACGGUACGCAUCAAAUGUAAAGAUCUACCGGCGAUGAAACUUGGUAAAUCUGCCGAACUGCGCUCGGGUGAAUGGGUGGUCGCACUGGGCAGUCCCCUGUCACUGAACAAUUCUGUGACGGCCGGUGUUGUCAGUUCAACACAACGAGCCUCGCAAGAGCUGGGCCUACGUGGAAAGGAUAUCAAUUACAUACAAACCGAUGCGGCCAUUACCUUCGGCAAUUCGGGUGGUCCACUGGUUAAUUUGGAUGGCGAGGCGAUUGGAAUCAACAGCAUGAAGGUGACGCCGGGCAUCAGCUUUGCCAUUCCGAUUGACCACGCGAAGGAGUUUCUACAGAAGGGAGCCGAUCGGAGGAAAUCGAGAGGCUUUAGUACGGAGAAGAUUCCGGUUCGUCGGUACAUGGGCAUUACGAUGCUUACGCUGACACCGGAAAUACUUCGAGAGCUGCGCCAGAGAAGCCAAAACGUGCCAGAAAAUGUACGCAGCGGUAUUCUGGUGUGGAAAGUUAUUCAAGGUUCGCCAGCACAUGUGGGAGGUCUCUAUCCGGGGGAUAUAAUUACAAGUAUCAACGGUAAGGAGGUGAAAAACUCCGCUGACGUGUACGAAAUGUUGGCAGGCACAAAUCGCGUCCUGAGCAUCAUCAUUUACCGAGGAGUGGAGAAAAUGACCGUCAAGGUUACUCUGGAGGAUCCGUAAACAGCUUAGCGUUAAAUAAAACAAAUCGGUGUAGUUUGACAUUGAAUAUUUCAUUUUAUGUAGGUGUAAAUACAUUGACUCGUAUAUGUUGAUACUAGCCCAU